GAACUCUUUACAUGAAACCCAUCUGCUCCACUUCAGAGCCGAGCUCCUGCUAAGUUGUGAGGCCCGGGAUGCGCCUCCAGCAGCCGCAGAAACAGGAAGCGCAUCUCCGUCAGGCGCGCCCCCGCCCAGGCGCGCCCCCGCUCCUAGAAGCUGCAGCCUCUGCAGACGCCGCUGGCUCCUGGAGGAGAACACACCUGCAUGGACGGCGGAGGCGCAGCUUACAGGGAUGAAUAACUCCACUGAACUCCAAACCAGCCUCUCGGACUAUGGCAGCGUCUUUACCAAGAAUGUCCUCCCCGUGCUGUACUCUGUCAUCUUUGUGGUGGGCCUGUCUCUGAACGGCGUUGCUGCCUGGAUCUUCUUCAGGGUUCCUGCAGAGUCCGGUCUGGUGGUCUACUUGAAGAACAUGGUGGUGGCUGACCUCUUCAUGCUGGGCACCUUCCCCUUCAGGAUCAUGUCUGAGCUGGGACUUGGCAGCUGGUACCUUCCAGUGAUCAUGUGUCGAUACAGCGCUGUGCUCUUUUACUUCUCCAUGUAUGUGGGCAUCAUAUUUAUAUGUUUUAUCAGCCUUGAGCGAUAUGUCAAGAUUAUCCGCCACACUCCUUCACCCACAGCGUCCUCUUCCUGCAGGCCCAGGUUUGGUGUGUUGUGUUCACUGCAGCUCAUGCAGAGUUCCAGCUUUGCUUGGGUGUUGGCCUUCUUCACCUGGAGUCUCCUGCUCUUAAUCGUUUUGCCCAACGUUUUGUUGACAAACCUGCCAGCGAAUGAGCAAAACUCCAGAGACUGCAUGAAGCUGAAAACCCCUUUAGGAAAGUUGUGGCACAAGGCGUCCACAUUUUUCUUUGUGUCCUUGUUCUGGUUGACGCUACUCGUUCUGGCCUUCUGUUACACAUCAAUCGCCCAUCGCCUCUACAAGUCGUACCAGCGUGUGCGCCAGGACACCUCUGCUGUUUGCCGCAAGUCCAACCGCAGCAUCUACAGCAUCCUGGCAGUUUUCUUCAUCUGCUUUGUGCCGUACCAUGUUUUCCGCAUACCGUACACUCUGUGCCAGAUGACAGAAUUCGGCUUUAGCUGGUAUUCGCACUUCGUGUUGUUUCAGCUAAAGGAGGCGACGCUCUUCCUGUCAGCCCUCAACGUCUGCCUCGACCCCAUCAUCUACUUUCUGAUGUGCCGAAUCUUCAGAGAGUCUCUGCUGAGGAAACUGUCACGAAAAGAAAGACGCAGCAGGUCCCAGACCACCACAGCAGUCCAGAGUGUGAGCAGCAUCUAAAAAUGCAAAACAACAAUCCAACAGUCUAAACUGGAAAACUACUGAAUCUCACAUCAGGGACAGAAAUCAAGGGUCAACCUGCAGGAUUCCCACGUUUCCCUGCUCAAAACCACCAGCCUUUACUGACGGACGUUGACUGGCCUCCGCAGAGCCGGAUGAUCAGAAUCCAGUUUCUAUAAGGAGGGUAACAUGGAACCCACACAGGACCGGAAUGGAAACCCCUGAUCUGAACCGUAUUUCUCUUUGAGUUUCAGCUCUGGUGUACAGCUUCACAUGUCAGGUGUACAGGCAGGUCACAUAAACUCAUUUAGAAUCAGAAUUACUUUGUUGAUCCCACACGUAGGAAAUGUGUGCGUUACCAUAGCAGCUUGUAAUCAUAAUAAGAAAACAGAAUAAAAUAAAAUAAAGUAAAUUUAAUGAAAUAAGGUGGUAUAAUAAAUCCAAAUCCAAAUGUGUAUUGGUAUGUUUUUUUUAUUCUACACAGAUGUCUACUGGAUCUUUAUAAAAUAGAAAGCAUAGCAGUUUCAGUGAUCAUUAAGUUUUCCGUAGUUAAGAAAGGAAAUGUUCUAUGUAAAAUCAAGAGAUUUGGUUUUGUGUUUCUGUCAUCUUAUUAUGUUCUGGUGUCUGGACCACCAGACAGAACCACCUGAAAUGUAAUAAAUGGAUAUAAGGACAUUCAAAAAUAA